AUGGUGAACUUAUUGCUAUCUCAUAAAAUUGAGCAUAAAAAUCCAAUUGAAUCAAAAUAUUUACCUUGUUUAGGAAAUACAAUUAGCUCUGACUCCCUUUAUGAGACUUUAGUUUACAAUUUAGAAACUAAAAAUUACAAAUUUUAUGGACAUUUACAAUAUCCCCGAUUAUUCAAUCUUCCAAACGACGAAAUUCUUCUGCUAAAAUUAAAUUUGCAUUAUAAAAAGCAACUUAUUUUCCAAUUUUUGCACAAAGGGACAAGAAAAGAGAUAUUUCAUGAUUUUCCAGUAUUUUCCGCAGCAUAUUGGGAUGGGUAUAUGUAUUUUUUUGGAGAAUAUUCAUGAAAAAUUAAGAUAUCUGAUUUGCAAAACACUCCAAAAGAAAGAUAA